GUCGGUUGCUGCAGAUUUAACCUGAAAAUAAAACUAUUCUAGUUUGACUUUCACUUUCAGAUUCCCACAUCACAGUGCUCAGCACUCCAAGCUCCGCUAUGUUGCAGAAUGGAUGAGGUCGACCUGUACUCGGAGCUGGGCGCUGUGAGGUCCCAGUUGGUGGAAGUGCUCAGUCUGGAGGCUGCUGGGGUUCUUCAGCAGCUCUGUAGCUUGCUGAAUGCAGAGGAGCAGGAGGAGGUGAACAGGGCUGCAGACAGGAAGGGGAGAGUCUCACUUAUAGUGGAUCUGUUCAGGGACAAAGACACCGGGACAUGUCGCCAGUUCAUUGAGACUGUCUGCAUGAUAUGCAACGGGUUGCCCAUGCAACUGGAAACAAGGCUAAUGUCUGCAGCCGGAGAUGGCAAUCCUAAUGAAACACCCCCUACAGAGUAUCCAAGCAGUGCUCAAGAUGAUCCAUCUCACCCAUUCCAAGAAAUCCCCAGACGUCGCCCUGCGACUGAAUCUGUGCCAGCUACUGAAACGAAGCACCCUCGGAUUGAUUUUGCUGAAAAAUACAAGUCCUCGAUGAUGAAGAUGCUGCUGCUCAGGUAUGAAAAAAUCCCUGAAGACCCGCUGAAGCGGGGCACGCUGGACAAGACGUUUAUAAGCAUAGUGAAGAAGAACGUGACGAAGCUCAGGGAGCGGAUCGACAGGACUCGAGAUGAGCCCUGUGUCUCGCAGGACUCUGAGGAUGGCACAGGCACCAUGGUAAAGAUCUCAGACUUACUUGAACCGAGCACUACCUCCGAUUCUAGAGUGAUCGUCCUGCUAGGGAAAGCAGGCACUGGGAAGACAAUGCUCAUGCACAGCAUCUGUCACCAGUGGGCCAAGGGGACCUUCUCUCAGCUCCAGUUUACCUUUCUCUUUGAGUUCCGGCAGCUGAACCUCGUAAAAAGAAAGCUAACACUGAGGCAGCUCCUUUUUAACUUCUUCCUGUUGCCGGAGGAGGAGCAGGACGUAGUAUUUGAGUUCAUAUCCUCAAACACACGGGGGGUCUGCUUGAUAUUCGACGGGUAUGACGAGUUCCUGGGGAAGUUCAGUCCGGCGAGAUCUGAUAUCUGCCGGGACCCCCUGAAACCCCUCUCUGUGGCCGAGCUUUUCUCAGGUCUGUACACUGGAAGCAUCCUGAAAGGAUGCACGCUGCUCGUCACCUGCAGACCCAAGGAUGUUCUGGACCUGCCCCUGAGUGCCGUGGAUCGCGUAGGAGAAGUCUUAGGGUUUGACCACAGAAGAGUCGAGGAGUACGCACUGCACUUCUUUAGGGACAGUCACUACAAGGAGCAAGCCGUGGCCUACCUCAUGGACAACAGGAACAUUUUGAACAUGUGCUACGUGCCAGCGUUGUGCUUCAUCAGUUGCGUCUGCCUCGAUGACUUGCUUUCCACAGGAUCCAGCCGGCCUCUGCUUCCCAGCACAAUGACUCAGUUUUAUAUGAACAUGCUGACAGCUUUCCUCAGGAAGAAGGAAGCGAUCUCCAGCUCUGUGGCCACCGAGCCACUGCUGCUGCAGAAGUACAGACAGGAGAUCAACGGAUUGUGUCACCUCGCCAUGAAAGGACUGGAGAAAAGUAACAUUGUGUUUUACACUCGGGACGUGCCGGAGUCGGUCAUGAGGUUCGCUUCCGAGAACGGAUUUCUCACGGCGUUUGAGGUCAAGAAGGAGGACGGGACGAAAGACCUCGGCUGCGCCUUUGCUCAUCUGACCAUGCAGGAGUUCUUCGCUGCCUUGCACUUGGUCACUAGCAAUAGCAUCACUGAGUCCCAGCUCAAGAAAAAGUUCAACCUGAAAUCGAAGUGGAUAUCCAGGAACGACCCCAAGUCUGUGUUUACAGACAUGUUCCAUAUCUUCGUGUCAGGGCUGUCAUCGCGAGAAUGCACUCAGUUUCUCAGCAGACUGGCCAGACACGACUUACCCUGGGUAGAAAAGCGUCAGAAGGUUAUUUUAGAGAUUUUGAAGAAACUGGCAGCUUCCAACCUUACCGGUCCAAAAAUCAUUGAACUGUGCCAUUGCACGUAUGAAACCCAGGACCUGGAGCUAGCGAAGCUCAUCGGGGCGUCCUUGAGAUACGAACUAAGAAACUUCAGGCUCACACCAGUGGACAUGAUAGCUUUAGUAUUCGUGAUGAAUACCGGGGGGUUGAGCGUCUGCUUGGAUAUCGCAGGCUGCUCCAUGGAACGGGACUGUCUGGAGGUUCUGGCCAGCUGCAAGACCAUCGACACACUCAUCUUCCGGAGCAGAAAAUACAACGACAGAUUCGCAGAAGCCUUGUCUGCUGUGCUACCUAAGAUUGGAUCUCUAAAGAGGUUUGAGUUUGUCGGGGGUCAUAUUACCGAACUGGGAGCCACUAAACUGGCUGUUGCAAUUCCGCACUGUCAUCAUCUUGAAGAGAUAAAUUUUAAUGACAAUUUCCUUACUGAUGAGGGAAUAUCAGAAAUUGCUAAUUCUUUUCCAAACAUGAAGAACCUCUAUAAAAUGACUUUGGAUAACAAUGCUGCUACAGUGGACGGCACCCUCUCCCUGGUCAAAGCAAUGAGCACAUGCUCCAACAUUGAGGAAAUACGUGUUCUGGGGACCAAAACAGCUGAAGUCAUUUUUACCAGGGGCUCAGGAAUCCUUCCAGACAGCUCCUCAGGAGAAGCCACUCGGUGCAGCUUGAACAGGAAGCUCAGUCUUGUGAAGUGCAGCAUAACCUCACAGCAUGUGGGGAAGCUCUGUGAGAUUUUGCAAAGAUGCUCGGGGCUCUCUGAAGUUGACUUAUCAGGAAAUGAUCUGCAAGAUGACGGAUGCAAAGUUCUGAUUGACUGUCUUCCAAAACUCAAUAUUUCAAAGCAGAUCAUUCUGAGUAACAACCACGUCUCGGUAAAGGGAUUGUGCUCGCUGUCACACUCCCUCAAUGUCUGUCCCAACGUGGUUGAAGUGGAGGUCAGACAUAAAUCUCCAAAAACAGCAGUUAUAAGGUUUGCAGGAUCAUCAGCAGGAGGCACAUCUGACAGCGAUGCAAAGGGAGGUGACUCAGGAGGGAAUACAUUGAAACAGAACUUAAAGGUUUCGAAAAAACUCAGGCUGACAAGCUGUAAUAUUCAACCAAGGCAUCUUGAGAAGCUGUUUCAGACAGUGAAGCUCUGCAGUGAUCUAGAGGUGCUCGACUUGUCAGACAAUGCGCUGGGAGACCAAGGGCUCGCCAGGCUCGUCAAACACCUGCCGGGAUUGCAAGGAAUCAGAGUCAUCAAUGUCAGUAAUAACCAGGUCACCAUGGAUAGCAUUCUCUGCCUGGCAGGCUCCUUGUGCACAUGCAAAAACAUCUGUGAAGUUGACAUGAGUUCUGGAGGUGGUAAAAAUCUGUUCAUAAAAUUUCAGAGAAGUCCUGUAAGUGGAGCUCCCAGGACCUGUUCUGAAGAGCAUAAAAAUGGUCAGCGCUUUUCAAAGAGAUUCAGUCUUAGGGAGAGUGACAUUAAUGCAAGGAACAUGGACAGACUGUGCAGGAGACUGAUGCAGUGUGAAGGACUGGCAGAACUCGAUUUUUCCGACAGUGUGUUGGAUGAUAAAUCCAUAGAGAAACUCCUGAGCCAUCUACCGCAGCUGCAGCCGUUAAAACUACUGAACAUUAGCAACUCCAGAAUCUCAACAGAUGGAGCGUUACUGUUGGUGCAGUCUCUGCUGCACUGUGAGCGUGUCAGAGCCGUGGAACUGAGGCCCAAAGGUGAAGCCUUCAUAAAGUUUGUGAAAAUUAAAGCAGACCAAGCAACUUGCAAGUUAAAUGAAUAUAAUCUGGACAAGAAGAACAUCGAAAAACUUUCCUGGAUACUGGAGCAGUGUUCUCAUCUCUCUGAAGUGGAUUUGUCCAGCAAUUUACUAAAGGAUGAAGGAGUGAAGUGUUUUUUGGAUUCCUUACCUAGACUGCAGAUUUCAAACGCUGUCAAUCUCAACAAUAAUAAGAUCUCCCAAGUCGGGGUCCUAUACUUGGUGGAUUCUAUGAGUAUCUGCAGCCGGGUUGUGGAAGUUGAAGUUUGCUUGGGGACAGAAGAGAAAUCCCUCAUCAGGUUUAUCCAGGGAGAGGAAAGGAUCGGGGCUGUCAGGAGUAUUUUGCAAGGCGACGGUCCUUCUGUGUCAGAGAGGGUCAAGGCAGGACCUUGUGCUGCAGUUCCCAGACACAUCAGUCUCAAGGAGUGUAGCUUUGGGCUGGAACACUUAGUGAAGCUGGCUGGCAUUCUGGAGAGGAGCCCCAACUUAGUGACGCUGGACCUGUCCUAUAACACACUAGAGAAGGAGGGGCUUCCAGCUCUGCAGAAUGCAUUGGCUAAUCUGAAAUCUCUGAGGAGCCUGCUAAUAAGGAACAAUGGAAUGACUUUCGAGGCUGUUGUAGAUCUUGUCCGAGAGUUAAACAGCUGUCCGGAUGUGCUAACAGUAAGAAUUGAAGAGCCAUGGAUUCAGUCUGAAGGGGCUGUUGGUCUAGUGUCCACGUGCAUUCGGCUCAACUCAAACAUAAUGGAGAUCAGGGUUCAUAAAAACACUGUCCACAUCACAAUGGAAAACCCAAAUCUACCCACAACAGGAAAUACGGACUCUGCAGUCCACAGAGAUCUUGGCUCCAGAGCUAGUGUAUAUGCAGGGAGUCCUGUGAGAUUAAUUAGCUUGAUUCAUUGUGGAUUACAAGACCACAAUCUUCCUCUUCUUGCAUUCCUUGGCAAACACUGUUUGCAGCUACAGGAACUGGAUUUGUCUCACAGCAGCAUUGGAAGCACGGGAGCAGUCACCUUGUCACAGAUUCUCCCUUCUCUAGGGAGACUGAAGAAACUCAGCCUUGAGUCCACACAAACCACAGCAUAUGAAAUGGUGCAGUUGGCUGCAGGUCUGUCCAGGUGCCUCAGUUUAGAAAGCCUGAAUUUGUCACACAAUAAGAUUGGGGAUGCAGGAGCGACUGCAGUGGCUGAUCUCCUACCAGGAAUGUCUCGACUCAGACAGAUAAACAUUUCCCGUUGCAGUACUGUUUCCUCCACGGGGGGGUUAGUGGUUGUUCAAGCACUUUGCAAGUGCACCGCCUUAGAAGAGAUCAACUUGGACGCACUGCAGCUUGAUCCCCGGGGGAUUACCUGCCUCGCUGAAGCACUCUCAAGUAUGACGUCAGCGAAGAAGUUAAUUUUGAGUGAAGUCAACACAAGCGCUGAGGGCGGCGUUUACCUGGUGGACUCCCUGAAGGGGUGCACCCGAAUUGAAGAACUCGAUCUGGGAAACAAUCAGAUCGGGGACAAGGGAGCUCUUAAACUGGUCCAGCACAUUCCUGGCUGGAAGAAUCUUCGAAAAAUCAGCCUGUCUCAGAACAGCAUUGGUGACGCAAGCGGAAGGAAACUUGCAGACGCUCUUUCAAACUGCAGACUUAUUGAAGAGAUCUGUUUGGCAAAUAACAGCAUUGGUGAUGAAGCUGCAGUUAAGCUGGCUGAUGUCUUACCCAUCAUAACACACCUAAAGGUUUUAAGUCUUCAGGCUAAUAGAAUCACUCCACAUGGUGGCUCCAAACUGGCCCAAAUGCUUCCCACUUGUAAACAGUUGGAGGAAAUCAGUUUGUCACAAAACACGAUGGGAAGAGAAGGAGCGAUUCAUCUUGCAGACGCGCUGCCGCGUAUGAAGUCUUUAAAGAGACUGGAUCUGAAGCUGAUAAACAUCAGUGACAAUGAUUCUAUCCACCUUGCUGCCUGCCUUGGCCACUGCCCUACCAUUGAAGAAGUCAAUCUGUCCUGGAACAACAUUGGAGAUGAUGCUGCGCUUAAGAUAGCGGAGAUUCUGCCCAGAAUGAACAGACUGAAAGGACUGGAUUUGGAGUGUAAUAAUAUUACAGAGUUGGGGGUGAAGAAACUAGCGGAGAGACUCUGGAAUUGCUCUGCAGUGAAAGUACUGAGACUGUGGAAAAACCAGAUUCCAAAGGAAGUCGCUCAGGCUCUCCAGGAUAAAGAUUCAAGACUGAAUUUCUCUUCCAUAUGACACACCCCUGUCCAGCACUGUGGCGUGGCAGAGUGAGACUACUAUAGAGCUAUUUCAUUGCACUGGAUCUGUUCAACAGAUGAAAUCUAAUGAAUGUGAUGACUGGUUUCAUUGAAACCUACUGUAAUCCCAAAAAAUGAAAGCACUUUAGAUAUCCUGUUUGCACUGCUGAUGUAUUACGAUUGUAAAUGCAAGGUAUUAUUUAAAAACGUCUUGACUGCUGUUAUUUAUGCUGUGUACAGCAGGGCUCGUCUGCAUUCAUGGCUGUAGAGCCUUUACUCUCAUCUUAUCUGACCGCCAGGGACCAGAAUCCAUAACGCCAGUGCAUCACCCGGCACUGCCCCUAUGCAAAUAUAGAGCUGCAAAGCCAAGACAUUUAACCUAAGGCUCUUGUGUCUGUAACUGCUGCUGUCCUGCCUUUAGCAAUAAUGACAUUGCAUAUAUAUGUAGAUAGAUAGAUAGAUGGAUAGAUGGAUAGAUAGAUAGAUGGAUGUGUAUUAGCUCGUUCUGAGCUGAAAAACAUCAGGUUCUAUUGCUGUUCAGAAGGCCAGGCUCAGCAGCCUCUUUUACAUGAAGAGCAAGCCGAGAGCAAAGACACAUUGCAAAACAGACAGUAACGUGGCUGCUGGGUCUCUGAGUGAACUGGAACAUUGUUUAAAAUGUAUAUUUAUGUUUUAUUUUUUUUUUAAUUUAUUUUUUUACUAAAAGUCUGUAGGAAUCCAGUGGCAUUCUGAUCCCUUGUAAAAGUGUGCGAUGGUAAAAUAGCUGUUGCCUCAGAUUUUACCAUGCUUAUACCAUGCAUGUACAGUACUGUCACUCUCUUUACUGUUGUUUUUGCAGUCAUCCGCAAUGCUAAGCUCACAUGCUUUGACCAGUUUUCCCUUUCUUUCCAAUGCUUUCCCGUUUCCCUUUCCACCACACUUUGCUGUGCUUUCCCCAUGGUAUACACAGUGAGCUCUUAUAAGGGAUGGAUGAAUAAUUGAAAGCACCGGAAGACUAAGGGUAGCUCUGUCUUUGUGUUAGUCACUAAAGAGUUCUGUUUCAGAGAAUGUUUGUGUGAGUCUUCAUUUUUGUGAUCAAAUUAUUUUGUCAGCUUCCUUUUUUCAUAAAAAAAAUAUAUUGUUUUUGCUCAAUUCACAAGUCUUGUUUGUGUGUGUGUGUGUCCCCACAAGCGCUAUAAAUAUCGGGUUCUGGGCAUUGAACACUGAAGUCAGUUUAAUAAACACAUCCAGAACUUAAAAACAAAGAAUUCUAAGGUUAAACUAGAAGAGACCAUGUACUUGAGCUUCAUAUCGUUUUAACCAAGUUUAAUAAAAUGCCUUUGCAUAGCGAAGCUAAUGUCACUUCUCACUUUAUUUAUUCUGAGCCAACAUAUUUUAAAAUCUCUUUGCUCACUUGUAUUUGAUAAACACACAUUUCAUGCUCCAUUUCUAUUGUAUCUGUGAGAGUGGUUAACUGGCAUCAAGACUCCACUUAUAGAUAAUAAUAAAAAAUAAAAACCAUACUGAAAUAUAAAGAUAUUCAAAUGUGUAGGUGGGCAUUACCCUCUGCUACCAGAAGAUGGCAGUGUUGUAACAGUCUAAAAACCACUGGUGCUGCUGCUAUCAACGGAGAAAGGGGUCAGUGUCCGGCUUUCUAAAAUAACAAAAUAAAAUAAAAACUUUGGAAUUCUGCCCGCUGUGCAUUGACUGG